AUGAAACUCCUCUUGAUCUUUGCCUUCCUGGGAGCAGCAGUUGCUGCCCCUUUGGAUGAUGAUGACAAGAUUGUGGGCGGAUAUGACUGCCAGAGACUCCAGGCCCCCUACCAGGUGUCACUGAAUUCUGGGUACCACUUCUGUGGCGGUUCCCUCAUCAAUGACCAAUGGGUGGUUUCAGCUGCUCAUUGCUACCAAUCUCGCAUCGAGGUGAGGCUUGGAGAGUAUAACAUUUUUGAGAUUGAAGGGGACGAGCAGUUCAUCAAUUCUGCAAAAGUCAUACGCCAUGAACAAUACAGCUCUCGGACAUUGAAUAAUGAUAUCAUGCUCAUCAAGCUGUCAGCUCCUGCUAAAAUGGCCAGAAAUGUUGCCCCCAUCAACUUGCCCACUAAAUGUGCGACUUCUGGUACUAAGUGCUUGAUCUCAGGGUGGGGCAACACUCUCAGCAGUGGCGCAAACAGCCCUGACAUUCUGCAGUGCCUGGAUGCACCAAUCUUAACUAAUGCUGAAUGUGAAGAAGCUUACCCAGGAAAAAUCACUCCAAGUAUGAUCUGUGUUGGAUUCUUAGAGGGUGGUAAAGACUCCUGCCAGGGGGAUUCCGGUGGCCCAGUGGUAUGUAAUGGGGAGCUCCAGGGCGUUGUUUCGUGGGGCAUCGGAUGUGCUCUGCCCGGUUACCCUGGGGUUUACACAAGAGUCUGCAACUUCGUUGACUGGAUCCAUGAUACCAUUGCUGCUAACUAA